AGAAGCCUUAUAAGGAGGACACUAAGUCCCUGAGCCCCAGGACCUCUGUUCACCGAGACCGAGGAUAGGAGAGAGUCGAACUUACUAAUUGGAGUGAACGAGCAUGGAAAAACCGGAACGGGCAAGAGUAUGGAACAUGAGACUGAAAAGUAAUAUCUCAGAAUGUUUCUGAAGAAGAAGAAGAAGAAGAAGAAGUUUCCUUUGAGGUAGAAAUGGAAGGAUUUAAAAGAGAGGGAUUCUGCUUCCCCAUUUUAGGUGACAAUUGGGACUGUGAGAACCAGGAAAGAAAUAUGAGGCAGUCUCCUUUAAUUGAUGAGAAAACAGGGGUCCAGGAAACAAAUUAUGAUGAUCUUGGUGUGGGGGAGCAUUUGAGUACAAAUCCAACCCUUCUAGAAUCUCAGAGAGUUCCUACAACAAAUGGCUUUCAUGUUCAUAACUCAGAUAUUAAAACUUUUGAUUGUGAUCAAACCUUACAUAGUUGUCCCCAGAGUUAUACAGCUAAGGAAACUGGUGAUGGUGAUAUUUGUGAAAAAGCCAUCUAUCCUUCCAUGGAAGUCACUCAACUUGCAAGAAACCAAAUGAAAGACAAACCCUAUAAAUACACAGAAAGUAUUAAAUCUCUAAACCACUUUACUACUCCCCUUUGUGACAAAAAAAUUAAGAAAAGAAACAAAAAAUUUUACAAAGGUAAGGACUUUGGGGACAUUCUGGCCCUGAACUCAUCUCUUAAUGAAAAAAGAAGUCAUUCCAUUGAGAAACCCUUUAAAUGCACUGAAUGUGGCAAGUGCUUCAAACGGAACUCUUCUCUUGUUUUACACCAUCGAACUCACACUGGUGAGAAACCUUAUACCUGUAAUGACUGUGGAAAAUCAUUCUCCAAGAACUACAACUUGAUUGUACAUAGAAGGAUUCAUACAGGAGAGAAACCCUAUAAAUGCAAUAAAUGUGGGAAAGCUUUCAGUGAUGGAUCAGCUCUGACACAACACCAGAGGAUUCACACAGGUGAGAAGCCUUAUGCCUGUCUAGAAUGUGGAAAAACUUUUAACAGAAAUUCAUCCCUGAUUUUGCAUCAAAGAACUCAUACAGGGGAAAAGCCGUAUAGGUGUAAUGAAUGUGGGAAACCCUUCACUGACAUCUCUCACCUUACGGUACAUCUACGAAUCCACACUGGCGAGAAGCCUUAUGAGUGUAGCAGAUGUGGAAAGGCUUUCCGAGAUGGCUCAUACCUCACUCAGCACGAGAGGACACACACUGGAGAGAAGCCUUUUGAAUGUGUAGAGUGUGGGAAAUCCUUCAAUCGCAAUUCUCAUCUCAUUGUGCAUCAGAAAAUUCAUUCUGGGGAGAAACCCUAUGAAUGUAAAGAGUGUGGGAAAACGUUCAUUGAGAGUGCGUACCUCAUCAGGCAUCAGAGAAUUCACACUGGUGAAAAGCCCUAUGGUUGUAACCAGUGUCGUAAACUCUUCAGGAAUAUUGCUGGACUUAUUCGGCACCAGAGGAUUCAUACUGGUGAAAGGCCUUAUGAGUGUAAUCAGUGUGGUAAAGCUUUUAGGGAUAGUUCCUGUCUGACCAAGCACCAGAGGAUUCACACUAAAGAGACUCCAUACCAGUGUCUGAAGUGUGGAAAGUCCUUCAGGCAGAACACUCACUUGGUAGUACACCAGCGACUCCAUAACAGGGAGGGUCCCAGCCAGUGUCCUCAAUGUGGGAAAAUAUUUAGGAGGAGCUGGUGUCUUGUCCGACAUCAGAGAACACACCUUGAAGAGCAGCCCGUGGAAGCAUAAUUAAUGUUGGCCAAACUUUUCUUGAAUGAACAGAGGAGAGGUGUCUUCAGAUAUGACUUCCCUUGUUAACAGAAAAGAAUUUGAGUAUGAAAUAUCCUAUAAUCCCAUUAAUUCUGUUAUUAGGGAAACUCCUGAAGAGAGGGUUGAUUGGUAAUCAGUGUAGAAAGGCUUCAGGGAUGUGCAGACACUGAAAUAGAGCACCUGGAAGUGAGGAUGGUAUUUCCCUAAGAAUCUGUGAAUGCAUUCAGUACGUAAUCAAUAGGAGGCAUUCUUAAUAGUAUCAUCUUACUGUAUAUAGGCAAGUGCUUAGUAGACUCCAAGCUUGUAAGUGUAAUUAGGAAGAACACUUUUGUCAGGAGUUUUUACUGUCUUUCCUGUUUCAGCAAAGGCAUAGUGGUGAGAGAUCUCACACACACCUCAUGACAGCCACAGUAUAUAGUUGAAUUUGCUGUUCGAAUGCACUUGUGUUUUAUUGUGCUGUCAGAACACUGAAGACUCAUUUAGUGAGCUGAAACUGGACAUAGGAGUUGUUUGUGAUUGAAAUGAAGUUUUCCCUUUUAAGACUAAAGUGCUCUCCAUGAUGGAAAGGGCUGCUUUUAAGAAAUAGUAUCCAUUGCUUUAGUUGUUGAACAAGCAAACAUUGAGUUGUUAUAUUUCAUUUAUCUCUUGCCUUCACCAUUGAUGAUCAUUUAGGACACUAAUUUGUUUAGAGUUAAGGUCAUUUGAAGCGAAAUCUGAAGGUUUUCUUGCAAUACUAAAAAUGCUUAGAUCAUUACAAAAGAAGGCAUAAAAUAGAUUUAUUAUUAUUAUAGUCAUGUUAAGAAUAUUCAUAUUAGGUUAGCAGUGGGUGGAAAAAUUUAAUGACUUUCUUAGGAGACUACAUUUGUAUAAUUUUUCCUUGUUAUACAUUUUAUAUAACUGAUAGUGUAUAUAAAAGUGAAGCUAAAAGGAAAGAUAUUUGGUAUUUUUCAUGGACCUUUGCCAGUGAAUAGAGGCCAAAGAUAUUGUUAGACAUUAUAAAGGCUAGAUCAUGGUUACAGGAAGCUGUAAGCAUCUACAGGUGUAUAUAGACAGAACUUUCUCUGAAAUCAGCGCAUCCUGAGCCUAGAAUCAUUUCUUCUGGACCUUGUAUUAUGAAGAUUAUGGCAUUGUGGAGGAAGAGGCUUAUCAGUCUGAGGAUAGGGAGGAGAAAGUUAAAGAAAAAUCUGGAAUAAUCCUAGCAUGUCCUUUCUCAGUUCACUGCUGGCUAAAUGAAAGCUAGACAAUUUGUUUGACAGCUUCAAAGUCCUGUGAGCUGAUUUGGUAAUAUUGACUUGAUCCUGUAUUUUCUGGUUCCUAUGGAGGGAGACUCAUAAGUCUAUUUUGAGAUGAUUAAAGCUGUUGAGUAGAUUGAUAAGGAAGUCAGACAUCUCUGUAUGGAUGCCUUUCUUUCACAGGAAGAGCGGUCACACAAUGGAGAUGGAGAGGUAGUGGUUAAGAGCACUUGUUAUGCUUGCAGAGGUCCUUGGUUUGGUUUCUUGCACCCACAUGGUGGAAAAGCUAUUGGUGCCUAGUAGAUAGAGGCCAAAGAUACUGUCAGACUCUUACAAAGAUAACCCUGGAACAGUUAAUUCAUCUCAGAAUAUUAAGAGUGCUGAGAUUGAGUUAUAUAUAUUUCUUUUGUAUACUUUUCAACCUCAUCAUUUGAAAAAUUGGUCUCAUGUUCCCAUGAGAUACAGUCAUGUAUAACUUACAGAUUGUCUCUAUAGAGCAGUGAUUCUCAUCCUUCCUACUGCUGAGACUCUUUAAUGCAGUUCCUCGUGUUGUGGUGACUCCCAGCCAUAAAAUUAUUUUCAUUACUACUUCAUAGUUACUUCAUAACUAUAAUUUUGUUACUGUUAUGAAUUGUACUGUAAACAUGUUUUCCAGGGGUCAUGACAUACAGGUUGAGAACUGCUGCCGUCUAGGUUAGAUGUCUCAGUAAGACAUGAAAACUCCUAGUGGACUCACUCAAGGGCUGGACACUUGGUGUCUGUUACUCUCAAGUAAAACAUGAAUGUACCACAGUGUUAAUGUUAGCAGUGUCCUUGCUUUUUGAGUCUGCAUUCUAGAUUCUGGAAUAGGAAAUUAGCACCAGACCAGCGGAUGGUCUGAGAGCAUGCACCCCAAGGAGGUGUCAGCUAUGAAAUUGGAGUGAGUCCACAUGGGGUUUGUGUGAUGUGUGAAUUGUUUCCCCUUGCUCUUUUCUAAAAAUAUUGCUCUCAAAUGACCAGAAUAAUUACUGUAAUGAAAAUAACUACUCUAUAGAAGAUGGAUACUUCUGACUAAAGAUGGAAAGGUGAGAUUUGAAUUGGGAGAGUUCCAGAUGACUCCUAGUGCAGCCUGGGUGAUUGUUGAUGUUAGGCCUGAGAGGCUGGGGAGCAGGACGGAGAGGAGACUGUCCUGGAACUCUGACUGCUCUUUGGACUGGAGGGGGGGGGAGUGAGAGGAGGGGAGGAGGUAAAAAUUUGUAAUAAUAAUAAUAAUAAAAGGAAAAAAAAGAUAAGUCCCAUUUAAUCACCCAGGCCCUUAAUAGGCAGAGAAUGUUGACUGGAAUCAGAUGUAGAAAGUGAAGGUAGAGUAUUUCAAAGAGUGAACAUUUACUUUACUUUUUCUGUCUUUGAUGAGCUUUUAAUUUACCCAUUUCUGGCUUUAAUGCUGGAAUGUCCACAAUGUGGGUAGCUUCUGGAAGCCAGAGAGGCAAGAAAAUGGAUUCUCCCCUAGAAGGACCUAUUCCUGUUCUUCCUAUUCUUAUUAGUCUAGUGUAAGUGAAUUGAUUCCAGUCUUAAACGGAGAGAACUGGUGUGUGGUUUUAAGCCACAGUGUUUGUGAUAAUUUAUUGUAUAAUCUAUAGGUGGUGUCCCUCACUAGUUCUUUUAGAUGCCUGACAGAAGUGUUUUGUGUGUGUUCUCUUAGCCAGCAAGUUAAUAAACCAACCCCUUCCACUCCAUACCCACAAAAAAAGUUUAAUAAGGAAAAAAGAAUUCUGUUGGCUCUGGCUUCUGUCCUUUCACCAUUUUAACAGCCCUGAUUUUUAGUCCUGGUUUAGAGAAUUAAAUCCUAUGAGGUGUGAUGGCACACACCUUUAGUCCUAGCACUUGGGAAGCAGAGACUAGCAGAUCUCUUGUGAAUUAGAGGUCAGCCUCGUCUACCUAAUGAAUUCCAGGACAGCCAAGCUACAAGUGAGACCCUGACUGGAACAACAAAAAUCAAUAAUAAAUUAAAAAUAAUAAAUUAAAAAAUUAAUAAAUCCUGUGAAUGAGUAGAAAAGAUAAAGAGUAGAUUUCCCUUAAGUUUACUCCCACUCACCCCCACCCCCACCGACUUGGGUGGCCAAGAAGGUACAUUUAGCAUCAUAAAGCUUGUGUACAGUCUAAGAAUGCAAUGUCCAGAGCUGAUUUUGGGAGCAUUUAUAAUUAUGGCCACUGUCUUAAUAGUUUCCAUUAACCCACAUCGUUUUGAUGCUAAAGUUAUCAGUGCUCCGGUGUGGCUGCAGAUUGUUCAUUAGACUGGCCCAACGUCAUGUCUCUUAGUUCAGCAGCUGCGUAGAGUACUGCAGUACUGUCAGAGUUGCUGCUCCAGCAGAAAGCUGAACGAGGUGUUCACAAUUGAGCAGGGGAGGUAAACAGGUAUGUAUCAUGUAUCAGAUGGUGGUUGAUGCCUGGGAGAACAAUAAAGCUGAGAAAGGGGAUGGGAUGUAUGUGUUGUAUAGAAGUGAUUACAGUUCAGAAAACAGGUCAGAGAAAUCCUCACUGAGAUGAUUCCUAAUGACCUACCAAAUAUGAGGGAAGGAGCCAGUAGUUACUUAGGGAAGAAAUAUUCUUACAGAGGCAAGAACAUACUGUAUUUGAGGAACAGCCAGGAGACCAUUGUGAUUAGAAUGGAUGUGAAAUGGGGCCAGGGAUGUAAUAGAGAGCCAUUAAUUAAAAUACUGUUGCCAGGCCAAAACUAUGAUAACUGUAUAAUUGUUGAAGGUACUCUCCCCAAGGAUGUACUGCACAUCUCCAGCCCUGUGAAUUUAGGCUUGAUCAUUCACUUCCUUUCACAGUGAAAGGCAAUUGCAUGUGCGUCAUGCAACAAGAGGUUAGGAUUUGGGGGAAGAAACCUUCCAUCAUGUCAGUUACAGGCGGGAGCCGUUAAGCCGUAAAUGGAAUUUCUUUAUGAGCAGUAUUUAAAGAAGAGGGUUUAUUGUAGAGGCAGGUGUAGAGAACAAAACUUUGCAAAAAAAAAUUCAUUUGCAAGAAAACAUCUGUGAAAAUAAAUGUUUUCAGAAUUAAGAACAAUCAAAUCCAAGCAGAAGAAAGUAACUAAUAUAUAUAUGCCUGUAUCUAGGCUUGAUAACCACAGACAUUCAGCAUUAAUGGUCAUUUCUGAUAAACUAAUAUUCAAGUUUUAAAAAUUAAGUGUUCUGUUCAGUGGCUCUUAGUAUUCUCUCUUAAGGUUGUUCAAUCACCUCCAUUCUGUAAUUUCAGUACAUUUUUCAUUAACCACAGGAAAGACUUUUGUACCUGUUAGCAUUUUUCUACUCCAAGACCCUGGCAACCACUGAUCUAUUUUCCAUGUGUAUUUGAAAUUCUGUACAUUGCACGUCCAUAGAAAAAUAAAACAUAUGACCCUUUGCCACUAAUUCAUUUCAUUUAGCAUAUGUUUUCAAGGUCAUGUUGUACUAGAAAUCCUUUUUGUGGCUGAAAAAUAUUUCACCAUAUGAUUUUUUUUUUCGAGACAGGGUUUCUCUGUGGCUUUGGAGCCUGUCCCGGAACUAGCUCUUGUAGACCAGGCUGGCCUCGAACUCACAGAGAUCCGCCUGUCUCUGCCUCCCGAGUGCUGGGAUUAAAGGCGUGCGCCACCCCACCCGGCCUUUUUUUUUUUUGUCACCAUAUGAUUAAAACCAUAUUUUGUGUAUUGAUUGAUGGACAUUUCAGCUUGUACUUUUUGACUAUUAAUAAUGUUGUUUUGAACAAAUAUACAAACUCAUGUGCCAAUACGUUUUCAGUACUCUUGGGUAGAUCCUUAGUGGAAUUGCUUGGUCUUUGCCUUUUGAGGAACUGAUGUCAAUAUCACUUGAACUAUUUUAUGUUUCUACCAGUGAUGUAUGACUGCUCUGACUUCUUACCAUGUCCUUACCAAAUUUAUUAUUUUUUGCUCUAAUGGUGUGAAGUGUUAUCUUGUGAUUUGGGAAAUUUUUUUAUAUAGUUAAAAUCGAUACCUUAUCCCACAGGUCAGCAUUUUUUCCUGAAGGGCAGCAGUAUUUUAAACUGUACUGCACUGCUCACCCCUGUGGCUGCAGUGUGGAAGUAGCUAUUGAUGAUUUGUGAGCAAACCAGUGUGGAUGUGCCCAAUAAAAUUUUAUUUAUGGACU